AUGGUGAUGUUCAAUGGAGUACCUGACCCGGUUACCAGUUAUCCAACGAGUAUUAGUCAGGCAUCAACAGGAACGAUGUGUGCAGAGACUUGUGAAACAGACACGUAUUGUAUUUUGUCUUUUUGGAAUACUUCUCUAAAUUGUUAUUUGUAUUCUGUGGGGGAUAUGAUAAGGAUUAAGGAAGAUACGAAUGUGGAGGGAGAGAAGGGCAAAGUGGCUUUUAAGAUACAAGAAACUGCUCCAUGUGCACAAUCCGCUGUUCAAAUGUUUCAAGGAAUCACCAAUUCCUUCGCCAACAAACCUAUUGAGUCAUAUGAACUGGCAGUGGAAAGUUCCAAUUCUUAUGAGAUACAGUACAAAUACAGUCUACCCUAUAACUGCCCUGAUUGGGUUGACCCGGUUCCGUCUUGUCAGAACUGUCCAAUAACAAUGAUGAGUUUCCGAGGAACAGCUACAGUAGCCAAACAGACUGCUCCGACAGUCAAUUCAUGGACAGAAUGUAUGUAUGCAUGUUGGAUGGAUAAUAACUGUUUUCUGGCUUGGAUGAAAGCGUCCCCGAAGUGUGGGAUUGCUUCUUAUGGAGAUGUGACAGCGGUUACUAAGUUGGAUAGGUCAAAAGCUCCAACUUCAGAUGGUUCUUUGAAUUUUCUGGCAAUCAAGUACGUCUCAGAUGAAACCACUUGUGACCUCAGCUUCGAUUUACUAUGGGAUGGAACUCACUCUUUGAAAGCUAACUCGACCACCUACUCUGACUACCAACCAACUGCUACGGGAGCACGCACGGUAUUCAAUUGGACAUCAAAGUCAGCAACCGAGAAUUGCGAUGGUGAAGUCUACAAAAUGAAUGGAGUCAGUGGGUGCUGGAUUAUAAUAAAGAAGACUAUGAAUCGUGCUGAAGCAGAAUCGAGUUGUUUGGCUGCUGGUGGAGACGGGUUGAUGCCUAUACCGAAGCUCAUAGCAAUAGAUAGAUUUGCAGACGACUUACCGUAUUCUGAUUUGGAAUAUGGAGAUGUUCAUGUUGGAAUAUCUCGUAAAACCACUUCUAGUCCCUGGGAAUGGACACUACCAGAACAGCUGAUUGACAAUAAAGGGAUGGUAUGGCUAUCAGGUGAACCGAAUUCUGCUCACACAUUGGCUCUCUUGUCAAUUGCAAAAAAUGAAGAUGGACCCCAUGGUCUGAAGUCGAUUACGUAUGGAACUUUUACCAAAAAGUUUUAA